AUGAAGAGGCAAUCUAAAUCAGCUGCUACCAGUUCUGGUACUCAUCCGAAAUCGACUUCAUCAUCUCAGAUCAAUACUAGUGUUGGUGAAUCUACAACACCAAUAACUCCCCAUGAAGGAACUUCUACUGCAACUCCGGAAGUUCAAGGAACUCAAGCAACCGAGCUUGAAGAUGAUGGAAGUGUGGAAAGCAUCCUUGAGGCGUUGAAACGGAAAGAAAGGUCAGAUAUUUGGAAUCAUUUUGAGAGGGAUAUGGUGGAUGGUAGAAUUAAGGGUCAAUGUAUAGAGAAGAUUCUUACGGUCACCGUUGAUAAUGCUUCGUCAAAUGAUAUUGCAUUGAAGGAGUUGAGUAGGAGGAUAGGUGAUUGGGGUGUCCCUAAUGCAGUUUUGCAUAAAGGGAAGAAUUUGCAAAUGAGGUGUGUAGCCCAUAUUCUGAACUUGAUUGUCAAUGAUGGGUUGAGUGUGAUGAAGAUAUUUAUUAAUGUCAUUCGGAAUGCGGUGAGGUAUGUUAGAUCCUCCCCACAAAGGCUUGAUUUUUUUAAGGAAUGUGUUGAAAGGGUAAAACUAGAGUGCAAAGGGCUUGUGAUUUUAGAUAUCCCUACUAGGUGGAAUUCCACAUUCUUGAUGUUGGAAAGGGCUUUGAAAUUCCAAAAAGCUUUUGAUAGAAUGGUGGAAGAAGGUAAUUUUUGUGCAUGGCUUGAAGGUGCGAAGGGUGAAAAGCCAAAAGAAGGGCCACCGGCAAGUGUUGAUUGGCAAUAUGGGGAGCAAUUUAUGGAUUUCUUGAGACCAUUUUAUGAAAUCACUUUGAAGCUAACACAAAAAGUGUAUGACCUUUACAAGGUGUAUGAGGAAGAGGGAAGCGAAAGUGGUGUUGGUGAGGUUGUGGGUUCUCAAGUAUCAAGUAAGGGGAUAUCUAGUUCAAGUAAGGGUCUAACGGAGUUAGAAAAGAGAUUGAAAGAGAAGGAGCAAAAGAGAAGAGCAAUGAAAGCCAGGAUCGUAAACAACGAUGUGGAUAGAUAUCUUAGAGAUCCUAUUGAAGGAGAUGGUGAAGGCUUUGACUUGUUGAAUUGGUGGAGGGUGAAUGGAGUUUGUAAAUAUCCUAUAUUGGCCCGCAUUGCAAGGGAUGUUCUAGCUAUUCCAGUGUCAACCAUAGCUUCGGAAUCUUCCUUUAGCACGAGUGGGAGGAUUAUUGAUCCAUACCGUAGCUCCCUAAGUCCUAGAAUGGUGGAGGCCUUGAUAUGUACACAAAAUUGGCUUAGGAGUGAAAAUGUGUAUCUACAUCAUACGCCUACUAUUGAGGAGAUGGAGUUGUGUGAAGAAGCGGAAAGAGAGAUGCUUAAGAUGCCAUGUGGAGCUGCAGUGGGGAGUAGUCGGAGCGGAAUGUUAACUCUAAAGUUGAAGACUUUAUAUUUCCGAGCUUGA